ACCUCUCUCUCUGUGUCUCUGUAGUUAAGAAGGACCAGGAGGGAGUGGAGGAGAAGAAGAUGACUAAGAAGGUGAAGGAGCUGAAGGUGUUGGACUCCAAGUCCUCCCAGAACCUCUCCAUCUUCCUGGGCUCGUUCCGUAUGCCCUACGAGGAGAUUAAGAACGUCAUCCUGGAGAUCAACGAGAAGCUGCUUUCUGAGUCCAUGGUGCAGAAUCUGAUCAAGCAGUUGCCAGAACAGGAGACGCUGAAUGUUCUGGGGGAGAUGAAGGAUGAGUAUGAAGACCUGGCAGAGGCCGAGCAGUUUGGAGUCGUGAUGUCGACAGUGAAGCGUCUGAAGCCCCGGCUGACGGCCAUCUUGUUCCGGCUGCAGUUUGAAGAGCAGCUGAACAACAUCAAGCCGGAUGUGGUGUCCGUGACGGCGGCCUGCGAGGAACUGAAGAAGAGCACCACCUUCUCCCAGCUACUGCAGAUCAUCCUGCUGGUGGGCAACUACAUGAACGCUGGUUCCCGCAACGCCAAGGCCUUUGGAUUCAGCAUCAGCUACCUCUGCAAGCUGCGGGACACCAAGACAACUGACCUGAAGCAGACUCUCCUGCACUUCCUGGCUGACGUGUGUCAGGAGCAGUACCCCGACGUCCUGACGUUCCCCGACGAACUCGUUCACGUAGAGAAGGCUAGCCGAGUGUCGGCUGAGACCCUGCAGAAGAACCUGGUGCAGAUGGGCUGUGCGUUGAAGACUCUGGACAAAGAUCUGGAGACCUUCCCUCCUCCACAGAGUGAUAGGGACAUGUUUGUGGAGAAAAUGACUAGCUUUGUGGCCAGUGCUAAAGAGCAACAUGAGAAGUUGGACAUGAUGCAUAAGAACAUGGAGAAGCAGUACUCCGACCUGGGGAAAUACUUUGUGUUCGACCCUCGCAAGAUUUCUGUCGAAGAGUUCUUCGGUGACCUCAACAACUUCAAGAACAUGUUCCAGCAAGCGGUGAAGGAGAAUGCGAAGAGGAGGGAGUCAGAGGAGAAGAUCAGGAGAGCCAAGCUGGCCAAGGAGAAGGCUGACAGAGAGAAGGAGGAGAAACAGAAGAGAAGCCAACAACUGGACCUCAACGCAGAGGGUGAUGAGACUGGUAUCAUGGACGACCUGAUGGAGGCGCUGCAGUCUGGGGCUGCCUUCAGGAGGAAGAGAGGACCACGACAAGCUGCCAACCGGAGAGCUGGUCAUGCAGUGACGAACAUCUUGGCCAAAGAGUUGAUGCAGGAGGACACCGCACCCCGCUUCAGCAAACCACCCAAUAAGAAGAACAAGAUGGCGCAGAUGGAGGAGCCUAGCAUAGAGGGGGCGGGGUCACUAGAGGACCUCUUAGAGGACAGUCUAUCACGGUCCAAUUAAAGGAGAUGGGUGGAAGUUUGCCCUUAGCCACAGAUCUAGGAUAAGCUCGUCUUACUCAUAUCCUAACCUUAACCAUAGAGAAAUAUAGAAACUGUUCUUCAAUCAGUGUCUAAGGGCAACUUCAUCCUCCUGCCAGUUGAAGGAGGAGUCUGUGCCCAUUGUCCUUCAUGGGACCACCGGAUUGGACAUGCUGGGACUGAAGGAGCCAAUGGGUGAGGGCGGGGCUCUCACCAUGACACAGUCCCAGGGUUUUCCACGCUGAGGGACGACUCUUGCUUUGCCAUAUAAACAUAUCCCUGUUCAAGCAUCAGCAUCUGCACACAUCCACUGCACUCUCUCUCUCUCUCUCACACACAUCCACUGCUCUCUCUCUCUCUCUCUCUCUCUCUCUCUCUCUCUCUCUCACACAUCCACUGCUCUCUCUCUCUCUCUCUCUCUCUCUCUCUCUCUCACAUCCACUGCUCUCUCUCUCUCUCUCUCUCUCACAUCCACUGCUCUCUCUCUCUCUCUCUCU